AUUCUCGGUGUUUCCUACUAAUAUCACACCCAUCUGCUGAUGAGCUGUAUAUAUAUAUGCGUGUUUUGACGAAUAUCCCAGUCGUGUUUUGUUUGAUUAUUCAGUAGUCAUAUCAGUCCUGUACCAUGUUGUCUAAGAGAUUCAAUACAACUUCUCUUUGCCAGAUCGGACUCGACUUCUAUGAGUUUUUGAAGGAGUCUAAUCGAGCAUCCAUCACAGAGAGAAUUGAACUAAGGGACAUUUACAACGAUGAGUUCAGAAGCAGGACUCCAGGGUCAAAAGAUCCAAACUUUGGUUCAGUUCUUCAUGCCCUGAAAGUGUCUCGCAAAAUAACAAGACGAAAAGACAAGAUCCGCUUCAACGCCACGGUCAAAGCCGUUUACGUGGACCAGUGGCAUUCGCACAGUGUUCGUAGACCAGAGCCUGUCCAGUGGGGAGCAGCUAGUCCACAGGAUGUACAGAAUGCCAUCUCUGGAGAUGAAGCAGAGACAGGAGUUCGAGCUCGUAGGAGACUGGCAUGUCUUCUGAAGACCAGCCUGCAGACACACAGGACUCAGUUCAUCUCUGACAAACGUGGCAUCUGCAUCAGCUCCGACCAUGAGUUUGACAACGGGACACUUAGCUUGCGCGUGGAUGAAACGUAUGAGUGCACAGUUAAUCUGACAGUAGAAAACACUGGAACAGAACCUGUGUAUUUCACCUACUACACCCCACUGCACUGGCUCAGGCACUUCACACUGAGAGAUGAGAGAAAAGUGACCAAGACAAACCCUCUGUGUCUAAAACCAGGUCAAAGCUAUAAUGUCCAGGUUCUCCUCCGCUGCGAAACAGUUGGUUUCUAUCCAGCCGCACUUGCAUUUGAAUUCAAACCAGACCUGGAGUCCACCACUGCGUUCCACAUUGUGCGCUACAUUGAGGCCCAGUGCAUAACUGCCUUAGGACUGGAGCUUGCACCUGUAGCCCCCUACAGACCUCUCCCGCUCCCUGCCUGGACUCCUAAAGUUGAUUACAACAUUGUGGAUGGACAGAGACCUGAAGGGCUGUCAGUAAUGCAGCUACAAAAUGUGGUUGAGCUGAAACCAUAUCGAAUCCCAGGGUAUAUGGACCAGCUCAUCCAGUCACUGAACAUCCCCACUUACUGCUCUGAUAGAAAGAACGUGCUGGAGAGUGACUUGAGCUGGGAGAACUACCAUGAGAAGUUUCAGCUGCAGCUGUUUCUGGAGGAGCAACAGAUGGAGGUUGACAUCAAGAAAUACAACAUCCCCAACAACGACAGAGAGCCGGCUGUCAUGACUAGAGAUCGUUCCAACAGCAAACUUCUUGUUCUGGAGGUACCUGGUGUCUCUGAGAACCGCCCAUCUGUGCUCAGAGGGGAUUCAUUGCUGGCCUAUCCUGUCGGAGAAACAAAGGUGAAAUACCGCGGCUAUGUCCACAGUGUGCAGCUGGACAGCGUCAGACUCGGCUUCAACUCACAAUUGCUGUCUCGUUUCAUAGAUGGCAUGAAGUUCCACGUCGAGUUCACUGUGAACCGCCUGACUAUGCGUGUUCAGCACAGAGCGGCUGAGCUGGCAGUUGAAUACGGCAUUCGAGAGGUGUUGUUCCCUUCAGCAGGCAACCUCUACUCUCUGCAACCCGAGCUUCCCCCUCUAAAGCUGUUUGACUCAAAACUAGAGAGAAACGAAGAGCAGUACAAGGCUGUUCAACACAUUGUAGCUGGCACAUCCAAACCUGCCCCUUACCUGGUGUUUGGCCCUCCUGGAACAGGGAAGACUGUGACUGUGGUGGAGGCCAUCAAACAGAUAGAGAAGAGGCAGGACUCCUGUCACAUCCUGGCCUGUGCUCCCUCCAACAGUGCUGCCGAUCUGCUCUGCAAGAAGAUUCUGGAUCAUGUGGACAGGAAUAAAGUGUUCCGCAUGUACGCCAGCAGCAGGGAUCCAAGAUAUGUUCCAGUAGAAAUCAAGGAUUGCACUAACCUGGUUGGGGAAUGUUAUGUUUAUCCUGCAAAAGAAAAGCUGAUGGAGUAUAAGAUCAUGGUCACCACACUGUUAACUGCUGGAAGGAUGGUCUCCGGAAACAUCCCUGCUGGUCAUUUCACUCACGUGUUCGUGGACGAGGCAGGACAUGCCAUUGAGACUGAAUGCAUAGUCCCCCUGGCAGGACUACUCAGUGCAGACACUUGCCAGGUCGUUCUUGCUGGAGAUCCCAAGCAGCUGGGGCCCAUUCUUCGAUCCCCCUUCGCUCUGAAAUACGGCAUGGGAGUGUCCCUUCUGGAGCGACUGAUGAAUAACUUCCCUCUGUACGAGAAAAACGAGGGCGUGUUUGACAACCGUUUUGUCACAAAACUGCUUCUCAACUACAGGUCCCAUCCUGCCAUUCUGGAAGUUCCCAACGAGCUCUUCUAUGAUGGAGAGCUGCAGGUUUGCGCGGAUGAAAUGUUGCGCAACUCCUACUGCAGAUGGGAAUAUCUCCCAAAGAAGGGCUUUCCCGUGAUCUUCCAUGGUGUGAUGGGUAUCGAUGCACGUGAGGCCAGCAGUCCUUCAUUCUUCAAUGUGGCAGAGGUGGAGGUGCUCAUGAGCUACGUGCGGAAACUACUGGAGACACAGGGGAAGAGUCAGGGCACCCUCGCACCCAGAGACAUUGGCAUCAUUGCACCUUACAGGAAACAGGUGCAGAAAAUCCGAAAGGCACUGGAAAAAGUUGAGAAAGACUUUAAGUUUAAGGACAUGAAGGGCCUUAAGGUUGGUUCUGUCGAGGAGUUCCAAGGUCAGGAGAGGAAAGUGAUCAUGGUGUCCACAGUUCGCAGUAGCCCUGAUUAUGUUGAGAUAGACCAAAAGUUCAACCUCGGCUUUGUCAAGAACGAGAAGAGAUUCAAUGUCGCUGUGACUCGAGCUAAAGCCCUGCUGAUUGUUGUGGGAAACCCCAGAGUGCUGAGUACUGAUCCUACCUGGGACCGGUUCAUCCAGUACUGCCAAGAUGAAGAAGGUUACACUGGUUAUGUCCCCACAGAAGACGAGGAGGAUGUGGUGACGAGGCUUUCUGCCCUCUACAUUGAGAUCAAGGAACAAGUGGAGACCGCAGAGAGCGGCACUCAGCAGCUCCUGGACCCUGAGUGGAGGAAUGACCUGUGAGGGAAAGGAAAACCCAGACUUCCAUCCUGAGCACUUGAAAGGAUUAAUUUAGCUUCUUGUUGGGUAAAUUUAUAUCCUAGAGGCUUGAAACAAAAGCUUCAAAACAAGAUUUCUACAUUUAUUGUAUCAAGUUCCCAUAAAAGCUCUUAUUCAUAUUAUAUUUGUAAUACAGAAACAUUCCUAAAUAUGAAUGUACAGGUUUGUAAUGUUUUAAUAACACUGGACUUAACCAAAGAUGCGUAAUAUCAGGGAGGUGAAUCAGGUUAAGAGCAGAAGCUCGUCACCAGCUACCUCAGUGGUUUGCAAGAGCAACACUUUCAGAGGAGCAAACCUUAGUUUCACACCGAGUGAUUAUAAACUAUUUGUAGACAGUAAAUAUUUGUUUUAAAUGACUUAUUUAACAGAUUUAUUUUUCUAUUUUAUAUAAAUUUCCAACAGAUAGUGACAGUAACUGAAACCCCUUAUUUAUAUGCACUGCACUUGAAAAAAAUCACCCAGCUGUAUUCUGGUUGGCUGCAUGUGUGAACGCAAACAUCAGAUUUUUCAACCUUACUGUAUACCUGCCAGCUCACUGGUAAAAAGUCUUCAAGAAGUAAAGGUGAGAACGCAGUAUGUAAUUGUAAUAGCAGAAAAAAAAUCACUGCUACUGAGUGAGAAGGGUGAUGACAUCAUUCUUUUCUUUGCUUCAUACUUUCCUGCUGUCACUGAGUCACUAGAGAAGAAUCUGAGUAGAGCCCUCAGUACCUGAGUCCCAGCCUGAGUUAAAACGUCACUUUAAUCAUUAUUCAUUACAGGUAGGACCACUGUUUCAUUCCAAACUAUUCACUGUAUGAACCUGGACUGACUCUGAGACCUUUCUGAUGUGCAGACAACAAGUUCCAGUUAACAUGCUGACUGAUUCUGUUGGCAUGUCUGGAGAUUUGAAUUAACAGUGAAGUUAACGUGGUGUGUCAGGGAUAAACGUGCACUGCGCCUCUCUUUAAGGGGAGACACAUUGAUCCUGCUCUGGUGGGAUCACUCACAGGUGUCUAAAAACUCUGAAACUUAAUACAUUUUUAGGGCCUUUUAAUAAAAAAACUAACAUAAACAAUAAAAGUCUGUAAUGAUAAAAUACAUUAGAAUCCUCCCCUUCAUCUUCUGAGUCCCGAUGCAGUCAAUUCCCAAGUCAACGACGGAGUCAUCAGUGCUCAAGUCCAAGUUGAGCCACAAGUCAUAAGAGUUUCUUUCCUAUUGUAAAAUCGUCACUCGGUUCAACUUAUUUUGAUUGAUAUUAACCUAAUUUAAAUGUUGAAGGAUCUGUUUUAAAACGGUUUGGUAUUUCUUGUUAAAAAAAAAUGAAACCCUAAAUGGAAGCACAGUAAAUGUUCAGCUGAUCCUGUGACAUACAAACCUGCAGCCUGUUGCACCAGCUGAGUGUAAGUUCAAACGUAGCCUAGUUUGAACACAAUUUCUCAUUUAGGAGUUUACACUCUACUAACGUCAGCUGAGAUAGUUCCAACGUCAGCCUAAGUUACAACUUAAUUCUUACACUUACCUCCUAGUAGGUGUAAAGUCCUCCGUAGAGUAUAUCGGCUGCCAUGGCGCGUCGUUUUGAAAGGUGUGAUAAUUUGGAGGAGGAGAUACAGAGGGUUCUCCCAAAUAGAUUAUGUCUGCAGCACGAUAUCCGAGAGAGAUUACAUCCUUUGGAAAAAUAUGAUGACCAAGAUUUGCACUCCUGAGUAUUAACAUAUGUAGUAGUUGAUAAUUUCACCACUUGAUGUCACUAUUAUUAUAGGCCCUGUAGAUGAAGGAUUUAGGCUAUAGUCAUCACCUUACAUUAGUUUGUUUCAGCUGUUGGUCAGCUCCGAGAAGAUUCGGCACAAAAGAUAACAAUUCAUCAAAAUUGGUGCUUUCCUCUGAUUGGCUGCUGGAAGUGUAAACGUCAUAUCUGCAACAAUAUUUUGGUUAGUUUGGACGUUAUGGCCUACUAGUUAAGAUGAACCUUAUGUUUCUGUGGUGAAAUCAAACACCGACACAACUUAAGUUACAAACUAACUAGUUUCAACGUUUGGUUUAGGGUGGACUUUACACCCUAACUUCGGACUCAACUUAUGCACAGCUGGUGCAACAAGCUGCAGAGCUGGAAAUAACUUGAUUUGUUGACUUUGAUUGAUGUCAGUGGUGUUUUUUUUGUGUGAAGUUAAUUUAAGUUUUUUUUGUGCCACAUGGAAAUUAAUGUGAAACACUGUAAGCAAAUCAAACCUAAGACAAUUGCAUAUGUUUUUGGAAAUAUUAUACUCACAUGAUGUGUAUAAUUAUGUGAUUUUGAUAAUCAGAAAGCUGUAUAGACUGUCAGAAUAUGAAUAAAAAAGUAAAAAGCGUC